CAGCCACAACACUGAUGUAAAGGGUUUGUCGGGAACCAUAUUGUUGGACGAUGGCGAGCAAUCCGGUCGACCCUCUUCAAACUUUACAGGCUGCUCUGAAUACCGAACCAAAUUCUAAGGAACAAGCAGACCUCCUUGCAUCGCUACGAGAGUCACUCGAAGCCCAACCAGCUCCAAUUCGAGUUUUGGUUCCAAUUCUCAUCUCAAGAGUUGUCAACGCCGGCGACUCACUCCUGAAAUCCUGGGUCAUCGACUUGUUUCAUUAUGGUUUAUGUCGUUCUUCGUUGAGUCUGGAUGUGAAGACGCAACUAUCCUCUCAGACCCUAGAAACCCUUUUCUAUCUACUCGACGACCCCAAUCCAGCUCCUGUGAAGGUCGUAACACAAUGCCUGGCUACUGUCUAUCCCCUUCUCUUCCGUUCCCUGUGCGCAAACCGCAACAAUCCUGCUGCUUGGAAUCUAUUGUCAAGCUGCAAAUCCAAAAUACUUGGUUUCGUUGGUCUGCCCGGUGUCAACUUGGGUGUCAAAAUCUCCGCACUCAAAUUCAUGCAGCGGGUUAUUCUCGUGCAGGUUCCUCAAGGAGUCUCAGAUCCUAGGCUCCAGAAUAAGAACGACCCGAACCUAUCGUUCUGCCCAGCAAACCAUCCAUUUAUUUCAGUAACUCAGCUGGAAGCGGAGGGCCAGUUGCUUUUAAAAACUGUCAUUGAGAUACUGUAUUCCACCCAAAAUGUCGAUUUAUUAUCAGCGCUACUCAACAGCUGGCCUACAUUAGUUAAGACGCGACCGAACAUGAUGCAUCUUGUAGUGGCCGCUUUGAAACAGUGGACACCCGCAGCCUUCAACGGCCUCUCAGCGUCUACCAUCAAGAGUGCUGAAAAGGCCGUCCGCAUCUUAUUGACACAUAUAUUGCGCCUUCCUAGUGCAAGUCAGUUUAUACCCCAGAUUAAUGAGGCUUUGGCAACUCAGGCAUCUCGGAUGGAAUUAGCUGCUUCCGAGGAAAAGAAGAAAAGGGCUGCUGUCGCUGCUGGUGUUAUUGACACCAGAAAGCGACCUACUACUGAAGCCGACCGCACUGAUGUUAAACGCGUCAAACUAGAAGCCGAGCCUCCUGCUCCAGACCCAUCCCUAUCUUUAUUAGCAUCCUUCGACUUUUCAACCCUUCCUGCGACCCUCAUAACGGAUUUGAUCGUAGCUAAUCUUGAAGCAUUCACUGAACCUGCUUUAGUUUCACUCGUUCAAGUCUACAGACAGAGGUUGGGAAUUGGUACUGUUUCCACCUCUGUGCCCCCGGCGCCUGCCGCUACGGCUUCCGGCUCUGUACCAGUCGCAGCACCAACAGUACCAGCUGUGUCUGAUAUCAAGUCCGUGGGUAAAGACAUAGCUCGACCGCCGACUAUAGAACCUUCUACCACUACACCCGCACCUCCAAUUAAAGAGGAGCCUGUCGAUCCACUGCAAAUGGAUAUUGACCAGGAUGAACUUGAAUACGAGCCAGAUCGGCUCAACGAAGAGCUUUCCGGUCCAGUGCCUUCGUUAAAAACCGCGCGACAGUUAGACUCUGCACCUGGCACCGAAGAGCAGCCCAUAAACCUUUCACUCUCUGAAUUCAAACUCCCUCCACCAAAAGAUAUGGUCAACAUUGAUGACCGUAUCGAUCUGAUCUCCAAGUCAAUCACAAGAAUACAUGAAGGGGCGGCGGAGAUGCAAUCGAGUACAAAUGUCAGUACUGACUCAGAUGUGACAAUCGGAGGGCCAAUGGAUAUGUGGAUGCUGCUCGUAGUAAGGAUGUUCACGCGUGUGGCGGAGCCUCCUGAGCUUGAUCUUUCUAACGAUGGGGAAGAUACUCCGAUGGACAAUGAGGAGGAUAAAUCAACGCCCUUCUAUGAAAGACAAGACAGAUUGAGACGAAUCUUGUGCGAUUAUAUCAUGUCAGACUUUCCGGGGCGGAUCCGUCUUGCCACUACAUGGAUGAAUGAAGAAUGGUAUAAUGAUCAAAUACGGCUGGAACGGAAUCCAAAAUGGCGACCAAACUACGAUAUAUGGCUUGGCCAGAUAGUAGCUUCAUACCAGACACAUCUAGAUGGGAAGGAUCGCACGUUUGCGCGCUUUCUGCUCGACCUUCCCUCCUUACCGGCUGAUGUUGUAUCCCUUCUUCGCGAACUUUGUGUGGAUAACGAAAGCCCGGAUAAAAUGCAAAUUGGAUUCUCUACCCUUAGAGGGUUCGUCAUGCAACGUCCUCUGAUGCGAGCCGACGCUCUCAAUGUGCUCCUCGAGCUUACAACUCAUCCUGAAAAGAAGAUUCGCGGGGCAGCUAUCAAUACUGUGAAACUAUGGGUUCCCAAUCAUCAACCUAUGGAUAGCAUGAUCCGCGAGUUUGCUCUACAAAUUCUGCGUAAACUACAACGCAGUACAACCGAAAAGAAAAAGACGACAAUGGUAACAGAUGAGUUGGAGGAAGGUGAAGACGAAAACAUGGAGGACGGUCAACUGCCUCCGGAAGAUCUUCUUCAGACACCUUACCUCCCCGAAAGAAUUGAACUACCAGCAGAGAAGAGUCAUGUUCUACAGCACGUCGAACUUCUAUUUGCACUGUCGGUGAAAGUUCCCGAUCUUCUCGACGAUCUGUUCGCUGCAUACGGACAAAUGGAUAUCACCGUACAGGAAGCUAUUCAGAGCCUCAUCACAGCAUUAGUUCGUUCAUUGGGAUCAAGCCAUGGAAAACUUCUUACAUUGAUGCGAACAUGUCCGCCUGGCGCCGAGUCACUUGCUCUACGUAUUCUUAGUAUAUUCACUGAACACGGCAGGCCGAGUCCUCAGCUUGUUGCGCUGGUAAAGGGUUUGAUCAAUGAACGAGACCUCGAUGCACGCUUCCUAAUUCCUAUCAUUGCCGAAAUGGACAAGCCCGAUAUUGUACGCCACUUACCCCGCAUCGUCUCAAUACUCGACGGAAAGCUAGAAUCCAAGACUCUGGUUCGCUCUGUCUUCAGUUCUGUAGUUACCACCCCUCCGCAGACCUUUGGCAGUGUUACGUCGAAUAUGCCUCGGGUCCGACAAAGCGAACUGCUUACACCCGCAGAGUUGAUGGUUUUGUUGCACGAUUCAGAGAAGGAGAUUGGUAUCAAGAGUGCUAAAGAAGCUAUUGGAAUAUGUUUUUCUAUGACCGAUGUUUUCCGCUCAGAGAUUCUUGCCGUCGUGAUGCAACAAAUCAUGGAUGAGCCGGUGCUACCGGUACUCUUCCUGCGUACGGUUAUUCAAGCUGUUACGACGUACAAGUCUCUCGUCGGGUUCGUAUCAACAACAUUGUUAUCACGACUCAUCACGAAAAAAAUAUGGACCAAUCCGCUGUUAUGGGAGGGGUUUAUUCACUGCGCUAAAGUGAUUGCACCUGCAAGCUUCGGUGCCUUGUUGCAGCUACCCAAAGAUCAACUCCGGGAGCUGGUCGACAAGCAACCAAGUUUGAAAGCAGGAUUGCGUGAUUAUGUUACGAAGAAGGCACCAAAUAAAGCCAGAGUUUCUGGGUUUCUGGAUAUAUUCUCGGAGUCGACCGCAGUUGAGUCGUCGGUUGAGGGUAUUGCGAAUGGGGGACCACCACGGACACAGCCUGAGCCCGGUGCGGGGUCGGGAUCGGCUUAA